AUGACACCCUUUAAAAAUCCAUCAAAUCCCAUUGAAGCCUUAUAUAAUUCCACAAUAACAAAGGAAAGAACUAUCAUUGAACGUUGCUUUGGUCAAUUAAAGCAGAGGUUUGCAUCAUUUCAAUAUAAAAUUCGUGUUGAUAUAGAAAUUGUACCACAAAUAAUUAUAAGUGGUUUUGUUCUGCAUAAUAUAGCAAAACAUCUUAAUGAUACAUACCAGUAUUCAACAGAUUUAGAAAGUAACAUCGAAAAUCACUACCGCGGUUCAUUGAAGUCCUUGAAUACUGGCAUAGUUACGCUGCUCAAUUACGGGAAACAUGUGCCACCCGCUGUAUCUCAUGUAACGCUGGCACAUGAAAUCGGACACAAUUUCGGUUCACCCCAUGAUCCCGAGCAGUGCACUCCUGGUGGAGAAGACGGCAACUACAUAAUGUUUGCUCGUGCCACUUCAGGAGAUAAGAAGAACAAUAAUAAAUUCUCGCCUUGUUCGCUAAAAUCCAUUGAGCCGGUACUGAACGCUAAAGCACGCAGCGCUAAAGGUUGCUUCACAGAACCUCAAACAUCGAUUUGUGGUAACGGCGUUGUGGAGCCAGGCGAACAGUGUGAUUGCGGUUGGGAAGAGGAUUGUAAGGAUGCUUGCUGCUUCCCCAUGUCGCGACACCCUCGAAUUGAUGAGAAACCUUGCACAUUAACACCGCGUGCCAUGUGCAGUCCAUCACAAGGACCCUGCUGUACUACAGAUUGUAAACUGAAGUUUGGCGAUAAGUGUCGUGAUGAUAACGGUUGCCGCGAUCCGAGCUUUUGCGACGGGCGCAUGCCACAAUGUCCACCCUCGGUUAAUAAACCCAACAAAACCAUUUGCAAUAAAGAAUUCGUUUGCUACAUGGGUGACUGCACGGGCAGUAUAUGUUUGGCUUAUGGCCUCGAGUCAUGCCAAUGCAUACCAGGACCAAAGGAUGAUAAAAUCAAGUCAUGUGAAUUGUGUUGCAAGCUUCCUGGUGAAGACAAUCCGUGCCGCAGUUCGUUCGAAUGGAAUGAGCCACCGUUUGAUGUGCCUGACAUGUACGCGAAACCAGGCACACCCUGCAACGAUUAUAAUGGUUAUUGCGACGUCUUCCAGAAAUGUCGUGAAGUUGAUCCUUCCGGACCGUUGGCUACACUGCGGAAACUGCUCUUAUCUGAAGAGAGUAUUGCUACAUUCAAAAAGUGGAUUCUGCAGAACUGGUAUACGGUGGCAUUGGCAGCAAUCGGCGUCUUUAUACUGCUGGUACUAAGCACCAAGCUCCUGGCGAAGCGCUCCAAUCUGAAACUAAAAUCAGUGACAAUUAUCCACAGCGCCACAACCGAAACAGUACGUCUGCCAGACGACAACAACGGCGUUAUCGUGCAUACAGCUGUCCGCACAAAGGUGCCUCUCAAGAAGAAGGUGCGCGGCGAACGCAGCAGCAAGAGCGCUGGUAAGAAAGCAGCUACGAAUGGCAAAGUAGGUGUGAAGUCCACCCAUGCAAGCGGAAAUCGUGUAGCGGCUAAAACGAUUGCACCUGCAGCAGAAGCAAAUGUUGAGGUAAAGAAACCGGUACGGGCGAAAAAGAAUCGUUUUACUGGCGGUGCCACAACUGCAGCAACGCAUAUGUCCAAUAGACUAAUCACAAAUCCUAUAACAUCCAAUUCGGAAAAAGUGGCCAAUGAUGCUAAAAAACUGAAAAAGUUCAAGAAACACAACAAGGAAAUAAUUGAUUACUCAGCCCGCAAUGCUCAAAAUACAGCUGGCGCAUCUGGUGCCCACACCAACACGUUUGGCAAAGUUCAGAAAUGGUUACUAGAAUCGCCUAUUGUCGCACAGCCCCUAUCCCAUAUUGAACACUCAUCCAAAGUACGCAAAGUUAUAAGUAAAUCUCAAUCUACUCCUGAGCGCUUGGUACAGAAAGCGCCACAGAAAACCAAGUCCAUGGGUAAUCUAUCAAAUGAAAAGGUCAAGCUUCAAGUGGUUUAUAAACCUCCGUUCAAGUUUGCUCUGCGCCUCUCUAAAAACGCUAAAGUAAAAACUCACGUAGUGGGAGCAAGUAACGGUGCUGCUGCUAAUAAAAAACGACAGCAUAGACUAAGUGCCAGUAAUGAGAGUAAACGCCAAAGUGCCGACGGUAGCAAGAGCUCCAACGGUGAGAAAACGAAACGUACUGCUUUACUGCUGCGUGGCAAUAAUGACGAAGACAAUCAAAUAUUGACGCUAAACGAACCAAAUUACGAGACUUUGAAUCCGAAAUCCUUGCCAUCUAAACUUGAAAAUCCAUUCUAUGAGAACAUGCAGUAUACGCAACUUAAUGAGUCACGCACUGCCCCCAAUGGAGCUGAGCAUACAGCUGUAAAGGUUCCUACCACUAAAAUAAGUCGUAGUUCCAGCAAAACGAAUAUGGAGUCCAAUUCAAAUGCCUCAACACAGUCACAGCGUGCACUGAAGUACACACGCUCCAACUCGCUUUCCAGUCAUAAUCCGUUCGUCGUUGCGCCCAAUAGAAAUUCACGCAAACUUAGCGAAAGUAAUUCCACGAACCUGAGCCGUAAUUUUGGCAGCACACAGAAUCUUAUCAAUUCCAGUCAAAGUAAUUUGACCAAAUCAAAAAAACGUAGCAGUCUCAAUCUGAAAUCCGGCACCACUAAGAAUGGUAAAGAUCCCCCGCAAGUUUCUGGCACGAAACGCAGCAGCUCAAAUGUAAAUCUGCGACGUGAUAAUUCCGCAACAAACCUGCAGGAAGCAACAAAAUCAACAGCCAGCAAUGGUCAACAGCAAAGUCAUAGUCAAAUGUUGCCAUUGCGGCGUAGUUCAAGCAGUACAGCGCAACAAACGCAACCGCUAAUGCCCACCAAUCCAAGCAUCGCACCACCUACAUCCAACGCAAAUACAAUUACAACCAACAGUACUGCUAACCAACAGCAACAACAACACCAACUGCCACAAUUUAAUGCUCAGCGUACUAAUCGUGCUAGUUUUAGUAACAUACCGCGUGCAAGUCUCUUCAACAACAACUCAACUACAGUAACCAACAAUAGUCGACAAAGUCCGCCCGCUAUGAAUCCAACAGCAAAUGUCAACAGCACGGGUCAGAAUCUAGCGCAUUCGAGAAGUCGCGGCAGCGUGCCAUCGAUGCAUAGUUCCACUGCUGCAACUCAACAAUUGCAGCAGCAGCAGCAACAGCAACAGCAACAGCAACAGCAACAACAACAACAACAACAACAACAGCAACAGUCGCAACAACGCUCGAACUCAGUACGCCAACAAUCACAUAAUUAUCAUCCGCCACCACCUCCGCAGCACGCUGCACCGCCAACACCUGCAGAGCGCGAGCUACCUUCCGAUCUGGAAGUCAUGGUAUCCGAUGUGGAAAACUUGGUUAGUUAGUU